UAACAGAAAUUAUUCUUUUAGUAGAUCUAACAGAAACAAGUAGCCGUCAAUUGUAGGUGCUAGCUAGUGCAAUCGCAUAUUUACCACUUUGGAUUAAUUUGAGCCAGUGCUUCACAAUACUCUUCUCAGCUGCAGACAUGAAAUUGAUGCUAGUCUUUGUUGUUUGCACCUUCAUUGCUGUUUGUAGCGCUGCACCACAAUCCGGUAAGGAUGUUGAAACUAUUGAGUAUGAAUCGGAUGUCGGUCCUGAUGGCUACAAAUUCAGUUAUAAGCUUAGCGAUGGUACAAUACGGACUGAGGAAGGUGUACUUAAAAAUGUUGGAACCGAAAAUGAAUCUAUAUCAGUAACUGGCAGCGUGACGUGGGUGGGGCCUGAUGGUGUAACCUACACUAUGACAUUCGUUUCAGAUGAGAACGGCUUCCAACCUGAGGGAGCACAUAUACCAAAAUAAUUGUUGCUUGACUUUAUAAGAGAUUCGCCCUAGGUUUUAUGUUUAGUCGUGAUGUGUUAAAGUUAAUGAUCCUUUUGUCCCUUUCGUUAAUAAGUUAAUAAUACUAUAAAUAAAACUAAACAAUUCAAAUCGGUUCAGUCAGUGAAAAAUACUUAA